UGUUUUGCAUUGACAUUUUAUUUAGAAUUGUAACAUAACGUGUAACUCACGUACGUGUAUAUAUCUAUAUAUGUAUCGAUAACGAAGAAAUUGUAUAUAUAACGUUGAUUUUUUAAAUCGAAUUUUUUGCGCGUUUCAAGCGUCUUUUCUCCUCUUUGAUUAAUGGUUCCCGCACGUAACAACAUGUUUCUCGUUUGCGUGACCGUGGGACUUGUCUUUUUGGCGUCGAAGUAUCGUAACAACGUACUUCGCAGCGUCAAGCAUUUGUAUAAAAAUAUUAAAAAUCGCGAUGGCAAGAAGGAUAUUGAUAAUACAGCCAAGUGCGAUAAGCAUGAUACUGAUAAUAAUAAUAAUGAGGAUAAUGACAACAAAGAGAAUAAGCUUAUAUUAGACAAGAUUAUUCUGGCCGACUCUCCGGAAAAAUGCGAUUACGCCGUACAGCGUAUUCGUUGUGAUCUGUCUGAUGGUGUACUGGGUUUCGAUUGCGAAUGGGUCAAAGAAGGACCUGUCUCUCUGUUACAAUUAGCUACUUACAAUGGAGUAGUUGCUUUGUUUCGCAUUGGAAAGAUUGGAUACAUUCCACCUAAACUUAAGGAAUUGUUAGCUAGUAAACACAUCCUUAAAGUCGGGAUCUCUUCGUUUGAAGAUGGACAUAAGAUUGUAAAGGAUUAUGGAUGUAGAGUUAAUGGAACUCUUGAUUUAAGAACCUUAGCUGAAAAUUUUAAUCUACCGAGCCGGAAGAGCUUAGCCGCCAUGUGUUUAGAAUAUCUUAAUAUAGAGAUGGACAAAAUAAUAGAAGUUAGGUGCGGUAACUGGGACGCUAGCACCUUAACCGACGAACAAGUUGCGUAUGCCGCUUGUGAUGCGCUUGCAUCUGUUAUCGUUUAUCAUAAGAUAAUGCAAAAAGAAAAAGAAAAAUAUACAUUAUGGCAGAGAGUAGGAAUUUACUUAUAUAAUAUAUUGAGUAGUGAUAUCAAUGUGCGGAUUCAUGGUGUACCUGCUAGAACAGUCGAUAUGAGGUUCAAGAGUCAGCGAUCACCAAGUGCGGACAGUAUUACUAAUAAUGUUUUAAAUGCUAAGAAUAAAUCAGUAGUAGUAGAUAAAAACACUAUUAACGAUCGUAAAAAUGCGAUACCUACUAGAAUUAAACCAUUAUAUCAUAAUUGUUAUUUACAAGCACCUGAUGGAGAUAUAUUGUGUACAUGCGAUCGCAAGAAAGCAGAAUGGUAUAUUACGAAAAAUUUAGGAAAACUUGUGGAGACAGAUCCAUAUACAGUCAGAUUAAAUUUUGAGCCAUCUGGCCGAGCAUUGGGAGAAGUUGGACAAUAUUAUACACAGGUGAAACUCAAUCAAUGUGUAGUCUGUGGAUGCACUGAGAAAUUUAUUAGAAAAAAUGUUGUGCCACGAGAAUAUCGAAAGUAUUUCCCAUUGGUAAUGAAGGCACAUCAAUCUCAUGAUGUAUUAUUAUUAUGUCCUUCGUGUCAUGAAAUCAGCAAUAAUCAUGAUCUGCAACUCAGAAGAAAGUUAGCAGACAUGUGUGAUGCACCGUUAAUUGGGCCAAUGACACACGUACGAGACAAUUUUUUGCAUAAUCGCCGAAAGUUGCAUUCAGCUGUUAAGGCCUUGAGAGAAAAGUUCACAUUACCUCCUCGACAACGCGAAGAGUAUGAAAAUUAUAUACUAGAGCAUACGGGACAGCAGAAAAUUACGCCGGAUCUGCUUAAUGGUCUGAACGAGCAACUAAAGAAUGCACUGAUCCAGAAACCGAUACCUAACAAGUAUCAGCCACAUGGCUUAAAGGUGGUACAGCAUUUUCAAAAGCAAGAAAGCGGACUUGUCGAGUUGGAACGUAUGUGGAGAGAACAUUUUCUUUUCACAAUGAAACCAAAGUACCUGCCAAGUUUAUGGUCUGUACGCCACAAUCAAGAACGGUUGAUCAUACGCCAGGCACAAAAUAGAAUCGAUGCGGAUGAUGCAAAGGCGGCCGGAUUAACUCAAUAGUGCUAGAAUUUGAUUAUUAGAACUGAAAAGUCUCGUAUAAGAGCGAGAACUUCUCUUCACAAAGACUGUUAUAUCAAUCAAUAUAUCUCCUACGAAUAUAUAUACAUA